AUGGCAGAUGGAAGUAUGAUUUCCACAGCAAGUCGCAAAUCAACGAAAUCGGAGAAAAAAGCAGCCAAAAAAGAGAAAAAGAAGAGUCCACUUGCUGCUGAUAUUUCCGCACCUGCUAUCUAUCAUGUUCCCACUCCACCUGCGGAAAUUGUAACUGGUUGCAAGGAAACGAUUGCAUGCUCAGAAUCGGAAACCGAUCGUCAGACAGUCAUCACUGACUCGCUGCCAUAUCGAGAUCCCAGUGACAAAGUCUGUAUGGAGUCUCCACCUAACAUCAUUCUUCCGGGAGCUCAAGAGAGCAGCAGCAGUACUCGUAGUCUUAUCGGUUCGGAUUCCAUGAAAUCUCGAAUGGAGUCUAUGAUACUUGAUGGAGAAUCGCCUGAUAUGUUGCCAAAUGUCGAGUCACUUGCGGAGUCGGUCUAUUCAUAUGACUUUUCACAAGAAACGGAAUCACAAAAGACGUGCGACACGAAGAGUCGUGAACUUCCAGUCGACUGUGAUAUUCCAAAUGACAAACCACCAAUGGAAGUUUCUCCACAGUUAUCUCGUAUCUCUACUACAUCCUCUGUUUACAUCGGUUUGCAAAAGAUAGAUGCCUCAGAGAGUCAAGAGGAAUUAUUGGAAAAGUCUGAAGACGUUACUGCCAUGAAGAAGUUCAACGCCGAGCUCGAUGGUCUCCUGAAAAAAUCGUCGCCACCAUUUCAAGUCUCGACCGCCCGUCUUCCUCCAAUGCUGAAAGAGUUGCCACCACCGGCAAACGAUGAUUCGAUGCUCAGUGGUAAUGAGGAGUUCAACGACUCGAAGAACAACUCGGUGACACGUAUUCUCAAUGAAUCUCACGAAGCUUUGAUGCGCAGUCCAGAAAAUCAUCUUCGCAGCUGUGGUUACUAA